AGCUGGGUCAAAAGUGCUGGCACUCUGUGGGAGGAAGGAGGCCCUCCUGAUCAGGGAGUUCCUGUAAUUCCUCACAGACUAUGCAGGCAAAUCCCAGAUUAACCUGACAGGGUGGGAAGAGGAUUAGAAGGGCGGUUACAGAAAGCAACAGAGGACACCGGGGGCUUCAGCAAGUGUGUGCUAGGAAGGGACACCCCUCACAACCCAAGGGCAGGGAAGAAGGCUCUGCCCCAGCACAGAAAGGAAAAGGGCAGCAGGAGCCCUGGAAGAUGUGUAUGUCCAGAUAAUCCAGAAAGAGACACCUAAGGAAGACGUGGAGCUCCAGAAGGGCCAGAGUGUGCUGGGGUGCGUGUGACCUGUGAGCGGCCAUGGAAGAAACCUACCUGCUGAAUGUGGAAGGGGUCAGAAAGAAGAUUCUGCAUGGAGGCCAAGGGGAACUGCCGAAGUUGCAGGAUGGGAGCAAGUUCACCUUCCACUUCCAGACGCUGAAGGAUGACUUUGAGCGGAUGGUGAUCGAUGACAGCCGGGAAGCCGGCAUGCCCAUGGAGAUCAUCGUGGGCAAGAUGUUCAAGCUGGAGAUCUGGGAGACGCUGCUCAGCUCCAUGAGGAUUGGGGAGGUGGCAGAGUUCUGGUGCGACGCCAUUCACACAGGCAUGUACGCCCUGGUGUCCAGGGGCAUGCGGAGGAUCGCGGAGGGCCGGGACCCCCUGGAAGGGCAGAAGCACCGCUGUGGCAUGGGCAACAUGUUUGACUACCACAGCACGGGCUACGAGGACCUGGACGAGCUGCAGCGGACGCCACAGCCCCUCAUCUUCAUCAUGGAGCUGUUCCGGGUGGAGGACCCCUCAGCGUACAAACGUGACACCUGGGCCAUGAGCAAGGAGGAGAAGCUGGCAGCAGUGCCCGUGCUGCACAGCGAGGGCAACCGGCUGGUGCUGCGCAGGGAGUUCGCGCAGGCGGCCGCCAAGUACCAGGAGGCUGUCAUCUGCCUCAGGAACCUCCAGGCCAAGGAGAAGCCGUGGGAGGAUGGCUGGCUGAAGCUGGAGAGCCUGGUCACGCCGCUGGUGCUCAACUACUGCCAGUGCCAGCUGGAGCUCGGCGAGUACUACGAAGUGCUGGAGCACACCACGGAGCUUCUCCAGAAGCACAAUGACAAUGCCAAGGCCUAUUUCAAGCGGGCAAAGGCCCACGCUGCUGUCUGGAACGAGAGGGAGGCACGGGAGGACUUCCAGCGCGUGGCUCACCUCGACCCCUCCAUGGCGGCCGCGGUGAAGAAGGAGCUGAAGCAGCUGGGGGAGAGGAUGAGGAAGAAGCACGUGGAGGAUCGGAAGCGCUACCAGGGCCUCUUCCAGUCAUCCCAGGGUGUGAAGGGCCGUGAGAGCAGGGAGGUGGGUGAUGGGGCACCUCAGCGGGUGGCUGGGGUCCGGGAGAGCCCCGGGCAGGGGGAGCAGGGGGCUGAGACCGGAGCCACAGCACAGCCCAGGGCUCCCCAGGCAGAACAAGGGACCCCCAGGGCUGGGGGUGAAGGGGCAGCACCAGGAGGAGAAGAAGCCCGGGGAGAGCCUGUGGGAGAAGAGGUGGAAAGGAGGGAUCACACAGCAGUGGGGAAAGAGGAAAACUUGGGCACCUGUGGGGCAAAGCCAGAGAGCCUGGGAACAGAGGAGGGAGAUGAGAAAAAGGAGGAGGGGAAAGAGGAAGAAGAGGGGGAAGAGGAGAAGAAAGAGGAAGAAAAAGAGGAGAGCAAAGAGGUAAAGGUAGAGCGGGCAGCAGAGGAAGAAGAUGGAAAAUUGGAGGAGGAAAAGGAGGAGGUAGACAAGAAAGAAAAGGAAGACAAAGUGGAGGGGGGAGAGAAGAUGGAGAGGAGAGCAGAGAAAGAAGAUGAGAAAUUAAAAGAGGGUGAAGAAGUAGAGAAGGAAGAAGAAAACAAAGAAAAAGAGAGGGAGGAGGAGGCAGUAGUGAAAGGAAAAGAGGAGAAGGACAAAGAGAAAGAGUGUCUACCAGCAAAAAUGGAACAGCCUGAAGCUGGGCAAUGCAGGACAACAGGGGAGACAAAGGCAGCUGGGCUACUGCAGGGCUUGGGGCAAGGAGCCAGCAGGGCAGAGGGAGCUGGCACAGGCAGUGGGGCCCAGGCUCAGCCAAAGAGAGCCCCACAUCUGGGGCCUCCCAGCGAGGGCACCCCAGGGCUGGAGGAUAAAACAUCUGGGGAGGCUCUGGGAGAGGUGAGCUGCAGGGAGCAGGGAGCAGGCAGGGGACAAGAAAAUGCUGGGGAAGGCAGCAUCCCCCCAGAGAGCUUCAGCCCUGGGGAAGGCGAGGAGCUGGCUGGAGGGGCAGAAAUACCCCCGUGCCCCAUCACAGCCAGAGAAGGGGGUGCUGCACCCCUGGAGCAGUGCAGCAAAGAGCAGGGCAGUGCCCAGCCCUGAGCAGGGUCAGCAUCCCUGCCCGGGGGGACAGCUGCCAGGCCACUGACAAAGGCAGCAGGGCUCCUGUACCCGGAGAGGAGCCCCGGGGCCGGGGACUGGCCCAGCAGUGACACGGGAACAAUGCUGUCCUGACCCUGCCACCGCCGGGCACGCCCUGCCCGACUCGGCGGCUCCAGCGCCUUUCAGCUGGUGCCACCGAGCUCUGCUGGCUG